GUUUUUUGGAGUGUAGGAGGAAACCCACUCAAGGGAAAACAUACAAACUCAUUGCAGAUAUUGAUUGUCCUUGGUGGGAUUUGAACCUACGUCCCCUGCAAGGCUACAAAACUAAGCACUGAGCCUCAAAGAACAAUAAAACUGGCGCAACUGUUCCUGGAAUCCUCAGAGGCGAUGGAUAGUCCUCCGGCUUCACCAGACUGUAGAUCUUGGUAUUGCCCAGAUGGGAGCUUCACAAAGACCAUUCUAGAGCCAGGAUCAGGUGUGGACAAACCCAAGGAAUAUGCCAUGUGCACCAUAUUCCUGGAACCUCUCAGUAACCCUACAACUUCAACCAUAGACAAUGGGUAUCCUGCAGGGAGCUGGGUACAGAUAGAACUGGGGGAAGGAGAUACCAGUCGGGACCGUCUGAUUGACCAGUGCCUGGAAACCAUGCUUCCUGGAGAAGUCUGCAGAGUGGACAGUGCUUUGGGUUUCCAGUUCAUCUUGAGAUUGGAAAGUUUCAGAGAUGGAAAGGAGGCGUGGGAACUGGACGUGAACGAGAAGAUGGAGAGGGCGGCCAGAGAUCGGGAAGCAGGCGGGAAGGCUUAUCGAGAUGGGAACCUUGAAGGAGCAGAGAGGCGAUAUGCCAGGGCGCUCCGGCUUCUGGUCUGUACACCAGGAGACGCAGAGGAAGAUAAAAUAGCCCUGCUCUCUAACCUGGCGGCUUGUGACCUCAAGAAGGGGAGGCUACGUGAGGCUGAGGUGAGGUGCACACGAGUCCUUGACAAGAACCCUGACCACCUGAAAGCUUUGUACAGGAGGGGUAUGGCCAGGGCCGGCAUGUCAGACUGGAUGGGUGCAAGGGAGGAUCUGGAAAAAGUCUUGAAACUGGAUCCGGGUAACAAGGAGGCGAGAAGAGAAAUUGGCAAAGUCCGGGAAAAGCAGAAGAACGAGCAGGCGCAGAUCAGUAAGGCUUUAGGGAAGAUGUUCCUAUAAACCGGAGCCUGUACCGAUAGACAGCCAUAAACCCGCCCAUAAUAAGUGUCCUCUCUGACUACUGUGGUAUAAAGCUCCUCAUGUCUCCGUAAUAUUACUAGUCCACAUGGUUCAAAGAUGGCCGCCUACACUACCAGUCUGCUAACCAGCUUAAUGCAGUUGUCUGAUUGGAGAAAAUGGCUCUUGGUUCGUUUACCUCAGGGAAGUCAACCAUGAAUGGAUUGACUUAUGGAGUGAAGUGUGUGAUGCAUAGAUUCUAUACAUGUACAAAUAAAGUCCUA